UGCGCGUUGCGCGCGGGGCGCGGUGCAUGCCGGGCGCGCGGCGCGCCGUGACGCUGCAGAUCGCGGUCCGGGGCCGCCGCCCGCCAUGGGGGGCGUGAAGGCGAUCGCCAACGACGCCGAGUUCCAGCCCGAGCUCAGCGCCGCCGGCUCCCGGCUCGCCGUCGUCAAGUUCACCAUGCGGGGAUGUGGCCCUUGUUUAAGGAUAGCCCCCGCGUUCAAUGCUCUGAGUAACAAAUAUCCCCAGGCAACAUUUUUGGAAGUGGAUGUGCAUCAGUGCCAGGGCACAGCUGCUACCAAUAAUAUAUCAGCAACACCGACGUUUCUGUUUUUUCGAAACAAAGUGCGAAUCGACCAAUAUCAAGGAGCAGAUGCUGUAGGUUUAGAAGAAAAAAUUAAGCAGCACCUGGAGAAUGAUCCUGGAAACAAUGAAGAUACAGAUAUUCCAAAAGGAUAUAUGGAUUUAAUGCCAUUUAUCAAUAAAGCCGGCUGUGAAUGUCUUAACGAAAGCGAUGAGCAUGGAUUUGAUAAUUGUUUACGUAAAGACUCUACCUACUUGGAGUCAGACUGCGAUGAGCAGCUGCUUAUUACUGUAGCUUUUAGUCAACCAGUCAAACUUUAUUCUAUGAAACUUCAGGGGCCAGAUAACGGACAAGGUCCAAAGUAUAUAAAAAUCUUUAUCAACCUUCCUCGAUCUAUGGAUUUUGAAGAAGCAGAAAGAAGUGAACCAACUCAAGCCCUGGAGCUAACACCAGAUGAUAUUAAAGAAGAUGGUAUUAUCCAGCUUCGCUAUGUUAAAUUUCAGAAUGUUAACAGUGUAACUUUGUUUGUCCAAUCCAAUCAUGGUGAUGAAGAGACAACAAGAAUCACAUACUUCACGUUUAUUGGAACUCCAGUCCAAGCAACAAAUAUGAAUGACUUCAAGCGACUUAACUUCCCAUUUCUAAAGAACUAAAAAUGCAGAAGAAAUUAAAAAGUAAUAAUAAGAUUGAUGUGGUCUCGCACUGCUCCCUUCCUUGCUCCCUCUGCUCAUCUAGCAUCUUUCACCCUUUCCACAAUCUCAGCACUGAUGCAAGAGCCAUCUCUGCGCCUUCUGCAAUCAGGAACAGCCUUCUCUACCUUCUGACGCAUCAACUCAUCUUUUUCUUUUUUUUUUUUCCCCAUCCAAAUCUUACUUUAAGCGCUUCUCUUUCAGUCUUUUAAAAUUUCUGUUCUUUUUAUCCCAAACUUGAUAUUUUUAAAAGCAUACUGUGUAGUACUUUUUUUUUGGUAACUCAUUUUUCAGCCUGUAUUGCAUUUUGUAAAAGCUGUUUGAAAUGUAGUUUGUGAAAUGCUGUAGCAAGACUUGGCUUUCUUACUCCUAGUACAGCUUAGUGUUCUUUGGUGUGACCCUUCAGUAAGCAGUGCGCAAGCCAGCAGGAGAUGCCAAGUACCCGCUACUGUCCCGCACUUGGCUCUAGGGAACCUCCUGAAGGCAGACACAGUGAGGAGCUGGUGAGCCUUUGUACAAAGGUGGCCUGAUCAGGGUACUCCAAAAGCAACAGCUUAGUUGCUUGACCUUUAUAUAUUGAAAACAAAACUGCGCACACAAAAAUGCCCGCUUCUGCUCCACAAGGCUCCGUGGUAGAGUUUCCCGUUUUACUGUUUGUAAUGGGCCAUAGAGGAUGGUUUUCUUGUCACUGUCAGGCUGUGGUUA